CUGGAUGGAUAUUCAUAUUUUAGACGACCGAGUGACGAGCAUGAGUAACCGCGAGAUGGAUGUCUUGGCCGAAUUGGUCCGAAAACUCAUGGACGUCCAAGCCGAAAGUCAGGCUUUGGACGAAGAGAUUAUGGCCCUUUCCGAAUCCGAGGAGUACAAAGAGUCCAGGAAAAAUGAACGCGACAUCCGAGGUCCCGUGUCCAGAGAUCUCAAAGCGGACGUGGAUUUGGCCUCGGGCAUGGUGUAUCAUCUCAAGAAAUCGGUGCCCGAAGGUCAUCUCGAGGAUGAGUUGCUGCACAAAUAUUUGGGCAUCGCGAAUUUGACCGAAUCCGUCGAAGAUUUGGAGGAGCGCAAAGUUCGAGCCGAAAAAUAUGUUCAAUAUCUGGAAGAAAAGCGACAAUAUAACGAGAACAUGGCCGUGGAGAUUGCCAACCAAAGGGAGUGCCUCAAAAAUACUCAAGGGCCUCGAAAAAGCCAGGCGCCCAAUGGCAACGAGCGGAAAAUCGAAUUGAAGACCCGUAUUCGAAGUACCAUCAAAUCCUAUAAGACCAUCAAGACAUUUCUGGGCGAAUUAUUGGUUCAAAUAUCACCCGAGCGAGUGGAAGGGGAAGGCGCCCUCUUGGCCCAUCUCCUUCAGGCUCUUUGGACUCUGUUCUUCAGCUCUUCCGGACCCUAUGCCUAUCUAUGUCUGUCCACGUUUUCUCAACGAGUCGAUCCACGGGAUGUGGCCCUUUUAGUGGACAAUGAAAUCGCAGAAAGAGAUCCAGAGGAUCCAGAUCGAGUGAGGCUCAAUAAUUUCCUAGACGAGCAAGAGGAUUAACAUGCGGUGUAUGGGAGAUAAAAUUGUGUACAACUUAUACGGAUUAUACGGCUUGCCUCAAAAUGAUGGAUCUUUUCGAAGUUUCUAUUUUUUUUUUUAAAUUUGAUCCAUUUCAUAGCAAAUCAAUCGUCAACUAUUUCGCUUGACAUUGUUUUCUCCCGACGUACAUGGCUUGGAUGGAAUGUUGGUCUUUUAUGACUGGCUCCAUUGUAGUAGUUUUUUGGUCACUUUUUCAAUGAAUAAAGCAAUUUAAGAAAACCCAGAGUGGACUCUGCGAACACAAACUGU